ACACACGGGGGGGGGUUAAGGUGCAGCCCUUCGUCUCAGGCCUAGUGAACUAGAGCAUGUAAUCCCUCUGUCUUCCCUCCAAACUAAUGGCCACUGUACACACCGUACGUACGAUCUUGUCUGUCUUCAUAUUUGAAAUCGAGGCCGAUGCAAUGUGGAACAGCACCGGCGGUGGUAGGUUCUCUUCGUGGUGUGGUACCGAAGCUGUUAAGCUGAAACUCUGCGUAGGCUAAACUUGCACACUUCAGCGCUUUAGCGGUGCACGCCAGCUGUGGUAAUAAGGGUUUUUCACACCGCGAUGAUGGCUUAACUCCGAUUUAAGGGUAAUGACACCGCGUCGCACACGGGCACUUAACGUGUAAUUGAAGUGGUGCCCUAAACCGACUAUUGGAUUAGGCCUCAGUCGGAGCCGGCGGAGCCCGGUGAUGACCUGGGCAGUUUCCCAAUGGGUACCGAUGUGGUCGGGCUUUAUGCUGGUAUGGAGUACAUAAAGAAAAGAUCCAGAUCCAAUGCAGGAUUUAAAGGGACAAAGCCAUUCUUAAGGAAUAUCAUUUGGGAGUUUCACCACCAGUACCAAUCCUGUGUUUGAACGUCUUUGUAUUUCUGUUUGACGGGCUUUUCCUUCCUUCAGUGACAGGAGAACGGAGCGAGACAGUAAAGUGGGUUGAAAGGGAAUGAUGUAUAACGUAGGACCACAUAUCGGACUCUAACCCGGAUCUCUCCGAGGCAUAUUAGACCGCUGAGAGAGCGUUGCUCUCGAAGGUUGUGCUUUCGAGCCAGCCUCCUUUUUUGUUGUUUUUACUUCUCAUCGCUCAUCAACUUUCACCAGCUGACUCCUCUGACUCCUUUGACUCAACCUCCAUCUUUCCCUUCCGCCUCCGCAGGGUGGGGGGGGGGACUCCAUGAAAGAUGACGGAGGAGGUGAUAGUUGUAGCCAAGUGGGACUACACCGCCCAGCAGGAGCAGGAGCUGGACAUCCAUAAGAGCGAGCGGCUCCACCUCCUGGACGACUCCAAGACCUGGUGGAGGGUGCGCAACAGCUCCAACCAGACGGGCUACGUGCCCUCCAACUACGUGGAGCGCAAGAACAGCCUGAAGAAGACCUCGCUGGUGAAGAACAUCAAGGACACGUUCGGUAUGUGGAGGGGGGGGGGUCUGGUCCUUGGUGUAGAGACCGCCGCUCUGAGAGAGGAGCAGAGGGGUCGACUAAAGCACCAUUCCACAGCCCGGCUGCUGUCCGGUCUAAUGGUCCCGUAGGCCAGGGGAGGAGCAUUCGAGGUUAUUGAUUGUUGUCGUUGAGUGGUAUCCUUUACCUGUUAUUAGCGGGAGGCAGAGGAUUUAUCAAUGAUUUAUUCCAAUGCUCCCCAGCACUAUAGACAUGAUUGAAAAAAUAUACAGCUUCAUUGCUUAAUUUGCUCCCAAUGUGAGGUUCCCGUGUUACAUUCCUCAGAAUAUGGAGAUUAUUAUGGACUAUUAUGUAUAGCUGCAUAUAUUUCCUCGUGGAUUUCUCCUCAUAACCCUCUUGCGUGUCAACUCUAUUGUACGGUGGGUCCUCUCUGCACUCUUCCGGUUCAGCCCCGGUGUAAUCCACUAGGACCCCGGGCCAGGGCCUUUGAUUAACGAGGCUGGGAUUCAAACCGAAAAGGCAACGCGCUUACCGUCGGUUGCGCCACGCUGGUUGAGCUCCAAAUGAGACGAGCCCGGGUGAGUGCGCACUCGCACCCCUUUGAAAGUGCAACACAUUCAAAGCCGUUUUGUGCAGCGCACACGCAUAAACAUUUGGACCCGGGAGCUGUGGCUCCCUUGUAGUGGGUGUGAGACUGAUUCCCUCCUAAUCCUAGCUGCCACAGCGCCCCCCCCCCCCCCCCCCCCCCCCCCCCCCCCCCCCCCCCCCCUCGGGGACAUCCGUAUGCAGUUGAAUCUGUCACCUCAUGCGCUGACACUGCCUCAGAGCGACGUGUGGCAUAUGCAUGUUGUGAUGCAGCUCUUCUAGAUCCACUGGGGGUGAUCACGGCUGAUGAGCCGAGAGGGCGACAGAGAGGGGUUG